CAUCUCAUCUCUAGUAGAGAACAUUGUAUACUGCGAAAAACGACCAAAUAAUUUUGAAAAACAUAUGUCUCAGUAAAUGAGAGCAAGCAGUCAUUUGCUCAAGAACUUGAAUCUCUCCGCAACGUAAAUAAAUAUUCAUGUUGAAAUGACACAAUACAAAUGUGUUUCCUACAUACUUCUGUGGAAUAUCAUAACAGCCGUUGCGCUGGUGGAUCGUCAAUUGCACACGUAUUCAGAAGAUGCAAGGAAUUAUGGCCAAGAUAAAACCGAGAGCCUCACUGGCUCAUUUCCAUUCCUCAUGCCAUCGGUUUCUCCAAAAACUCCGGAUCUGUAUUUAUGCACCCCUAUCAAAGUCGACCCAACAACGUCAUACUAUAUUGUUGGUUACAAGCCAAACGCAACUAUGAACACGGCACAUCAUAUGCUGCUUUAUGGAUGCGGAGAACCGGGAAGCACAAGACUUACUUGGAACUGUGGAGAAAUGUCAAAGUCAACUGAGGAAGAAACUGGAAGUCCCUGUGGACCUCAGUCACACUCGCAAAUAUUAUAUGCCUGGGCAAGAGAUGCGCCCAGACUGGAUCUACCGCCCGGUGUCGGAUUUAAAGUGGGAAAGAAUUCGCAAACAAAAUAUUUGGUCCUGCAGGUGCAUUACGCUCACGUUGAUCAAUUCAAAGAUGGUUCCACUGAUGAUUCGGGCAUCUUUCUACAGUAUACGGAAAAGCCUCUCACGAAAUUGGCUGGUACCUUGCUGUUAGGUACCGACGGCGUUAUUCCUCCCAUGAAGACGGAGCACAUGGAGGCCGCCUGUGAGAUAACAGAGAAUAAAACAAUUCAUCCCUUCGCAUAUCGCACGCAUACCCAUGGUUUGGGUAAGGUUGUUGCUGGAUAUAGGGUUCGGUCAAAUGCACGGGGCGUUCAGGAGUGGACGCUGCUUGGAAAGAGGGAUCCGUUGACACCGCAAAUGUUUUAUAAUGUCGAGGAUAGUUCGCCAAUCGUAACGGGUGACUUUGUCGCCGCCCGAUGUACUAUGAAAAGCACACGGCACCGUAAUACAGAAAUUGGCCCGACAAAUGAAGACGAAAUGUGCAAUUUUUACCUUAUGUACUACGUUGACCAUGGCGAACCUCUCGAUAUGAAAUAUUGCUUUAGCCAAGGUCCCCCUUAUUACUACUGGGCCAAUCCAGAUACCGGACUACAUAACAUUCCUGAUAAAGAUGCCAGCAUCUUGUAAAUUAAUAGCACUCGCUCUCUAUCUCUAUCCAGUAUAUCAUAAACUACAAAGUGUACAUUUAAUUUUCUGGAUUAGUUUUAAUGUUAUCUGUCGAUUUAUGUUUUGUACAUUUAGAUGUUGAACGUCAUAUUGUUAAACACUAAAUCAACUUAUAUUUAAUUUUAGCAUUAUAACAAUAUUGAAUGUACGACAUAAAAUAUACACGUGUACCUAUAUGAUGA